UGUUAGGCUCCACUAAGAGAGUCAACGUGAACUUCCAAGACACAGAUGGGUUCUCUGCUUUGCAUCAUGCUGCCCUCAAUGGGAACAUGGAGCUCAUCUCCCUGCUGCUGGAGUCACAGGCUACGGUGGAUAUUAAGGACCAGAAAGGAAUGCGUCCACUGCACUAUGCGGCCUGGCAGGGUAAAGUUGAACCAAUGAAGACGCUGCUCAAGUCGGGAUCUUCUGUCAACAGCCAAUCAGAUGAAGGACAGAUCCCCCUUCAUCUUGCAGCACAGCACGGGCAUUAUGAUGUCUCGGAGAUGCUGCUGCAGCACCAGUCCAAUCCGUGUAUUGUGGACAAUGCAGGAAAGACUCCCUUAGACCUGGCCUGUGAAUUUGGAAGAGUCGGGGUGGUCCAGCUGCUGCUGAGCAGCAACAUGUGCGCUGCUUUGCUGGAGCCCAAGCCAGGUGACAUCACCGACCCCAACGGCACCAGCCCCCUGCACCAGGCAGCCAAGAACGGCCACAUCGACAUCAUCAGGUUGCUUCUGCAGGCUGGCAUCAACAUCAACAGGCAGACCAAGGCUGGCACCGCACUGCAUGAGGCAGCUCUCUGCGGGAAGACAGAGGUGGUACGCCUGCUGCUGGAUAGCGGUAUCAAUGCCCAAGUCAGGAACACAUACAGCCAGACUGCCCUGGAUAUCGUUAACCAGUUCACUGCCACCCAGGCCAGCAAGGAGAUCAAGCAGCUGCUCAGAGAUGCCUCGGCUGCCCUGCAGGUGAGGUCUAUGAAGGAUUAUUGUAACAACUACGACCUGACCAGCCUGAAUAUCAAAGCCGGAGAUGUAAUUACAGUGCUAGAGCAGCACCCCGAUGGCCGAUGGAAGGGUUGUAUCCAUGACAACAGGACAGGAAAUGACAGAGUGGGAUCCUUCCCUUCCAGCAUCGUGGAGGUGAUCAGUAAGAGGACAGGUUCAUGGAAUACAGUCAUUUGUACCCAACAGUAUCAAAAGAUUCAGAUUUCUGCGUCGUCGCACGGCCCUGGGGCCAUGGUUAACGGCGAAACGUACCAUCAGUUCCAUUACUUGCCGCCACCUCCACCUCCACCUCCACAUUCCCAUCAGCCACUUUUCAGUUCCUUUGGCUAUCACAGGUCCUAUAGUACUUCAGAAGAGCUGCACUGUGGACAAGGUCCCCGAGGUUCAGAAUCCAGUCCACAUGGCUCACCCACCCUGGCUACGGGCAGCUCCGCCGGCGCCAGCGAGGAGAUUUGGGUUCUGCGCAAGCCCUUUGCAGGUGGUGAUCGCAGCAGUGUGGGCAGCACGGGAAGUGUGGCCAGUGCCCGAUCGUCUGGGAGUGGACAGAGUGCAAGCAGCAGCGCCCACACACUUCACGCCCAGGCAGAGGGUGUCAAGCUUUUGGCAACAGUCCUGUCCCAGUCCCAGAAGGCAAAGGAACACCUUGCUGCUGAAGGUUCUGGAAAGUCUUUGGACCAACCUGCAGGGUCCUUACGUCCACAGAGCGCAACCAGCUGCCUGUACCACGAGCAGCCGUACGGGGACCAGCCACCACAGAGGAAAUCUGAGGCAGUGUCUGAGGGGAAGAGCUCAGAGGCUGUUAUCCAUUGGCUGAGCGAGUUUCAGCUCCAGGUCUACGCUCCAAACUUCAUCACCGCCGGGUAUGACAUUCCCACCAUUAGCCGCAUGACCCCCGAGGAUCUGACAGCUAUUGGAGUAACCAAGCCUGGGCACAGGAAGAAAAUUACUUCUGAAAUCAGCAAGCUCAAUGUGGCGGAGUGGCUCCCUGAACACAAGCCUGCCAAUUUGGCUGAAUGGUUGUCAAUGAUAGGCCUUGGCCAGUAUUAUCAAAUCCUUGUGCACAAUGGCUAUGAGAACAUCGACUUCAUUACAGACAUCACCUGGGAAGACCUGCAGGAGAUUGGCAUCACCAAACUAGGCCAUCAGAAGAAGCUCAUGCUGGCUGUGAAGAAGCUGGCAGAGAUACAGAAGGCGGUGGAGCAUGGCCAGGGCACGCUCAGAAAGAAGGCUCCUAAGUCUCUGGGGGUGGUGGCCAUCGAGUCCCCUCAGCCAGAGACGGCAGAGUGCCUCUCCCCGAAGAUGACCACCUUCCAGGACACUGAGCUGAGCAACGAGCUGCAGGCUGCUAUGACUCACACAGGGGACUCCCAGGACAACAUGGAUCUGAAGCAAGCCAGCAACCACAUGCCCCACCGACCCCAGACGUCUCGGAGAACAGAGAACAGCCUGAGCAGCAAGGCCAAGGAACCGCCAGCAGAGGGGCCUGCCGAGGAAGGGGGCACUCCCCAGAGGAAGGAAGUGAGGCCCAUGAGGCAGAGGGCAAGCGUGCCCCCUGUGCUGGGAAAAGCCAGGCAGUCCUUCCCCCCUGCUGGAGGUCCUCCCUAUACACCACCCCAGACCCCUACAAAAGCCAGGCCGUCCUCCCCACAGACUAUGGGGGGUUCUCAAACUAUGGCCAAAGUGAAGCCCACCUCCCAGCUGCUUCCCCAGAUGGACCGCCCCAUGUCCCCAAGGUCUCUUCCACAAUCCCCCACACAGAGGGGCUUCGCCUAUGUCUUGCCCCAGCCAGUAGAAGGAGGGGAAACGAAUGUCACCCAUGGGACUGGAGUUGCUCCCGUUGUCCCCAUUUCUGUCCCAGUGCUCUGCCUCCCUCCUCAAGGGGAUGAAUCUGACGAGGAGCAGGGAAGGCCAAAGAAACGGGCCCACAGCUUGAACCGGUACGCCAUGUCCGACAGCGAGCGGGACCGUGAGGAGUUAGCGGUGCCGGAUGUCGCGCCUUAUGCCACCGUACAGCGCCGUGUGAGCAGGAGCCACUCUGUGAGAGGCCAGUCCGGGGAUAAGAAUGUCAACCGUAGCCAGUCCUUCGCCCUCCGGCCCAAGAAGAAAGGCCCACCUCCCCCUCCCCCCAAGCGCUCCAGCUCAGCUAUUUCAAGCACAAACCUGGCCAAUGACGUCACCGGAGAGGGUGGCGGCAACGAGCUGGUGGUGGUAUACCGGGAGCAGCGGCGGGCCAGUGACUUCGGGGGCAUGGUGGACACAGGAAGUGCCGGCAGCGUGAAGAGCAUCGCUGCCAUGUUGGAAAUGUCCUCUAUUGGCGGAGGACCCAGAGCUCUGGCACUGCAGAAGGCUCUCGGUGGCAGCGGCAUACACUAUCUACAGCCCAGUCUGGAGCAUGGGCGAGUGGCCUCUGUGAAGCACCGAGAUGCAAUCGGCCUGGACGGGGAAGUGGUCAACCGGCGGAGAACCAUCAGCGGGCCCGUGACUGAACUGAUAGCCACAGCGCGCAGAGAGAGGGCCGACAGCGUGAGUUCCGCCAAGGAACCUGAGUCGCCGAAGAAUAAGCCUCAAGAGGACCAACAGCAGCCAGCUUCUCGGACCAGCUCCAGUGAGAAUAUCCCUUUCGCCAAAGAGGGCAACCUGACUAUCAAGCAGAGACCCAGGAAACCGGAGGCCGGCGACGGCCUGCCAGAGAAUGUGCACACCCUGAAACAGGAAGACUUCUCCAGAGUGGACGCCAAUGGUACUCUGAAGAGAAGAGUGAAAUCAAGGCAUCACCCAGACAGUGUGAAAUUCCAUCUUACCGAGUCCAGCACGGUGAAGAGGCGACCAAAAACCAAGGAGAAAGACCAGACAGUUUCCCUGCAGGAGUCUCAACACUUUGUCCUCUAUCAAAACGGCACAGGCACUGUUAAUCGAAGGCCAGUGUCAGAGAUGAGUGGGGUGGAGGGCCUCAUGUCUCACUUGGCAGCCGAGGGCAAUGGCGACCAGGGGCCCCGCAGAGACAGUUUGGAAGCAGUCGACGGAGAGACCAGGAAGCCCAUCAAGCCACCUGUCUCCCCCAAACCAGUACUCACACAACAGGGAACUGUGAAGAAGCAAGGACCCCCGACUCCCACUUCAAAGAAGGCUCCCAUCCCGGGACCUGGCAGUCCAGAAGUGAAGCAAGUUCCUCCACCGGUGUCACCAAAGCCCGCCCCCCCACCUACAGCGCCAAAGCCAGCCAAGGUGCAAGCCGUCCUGCAGUCGAUCAGUACUGGGCCGACCCCAACCCCCUCCCCUGCCAAACAACCAGGCUCCGGAAAGGCUUCAAGCACACCUCCCUCCCUAUGUUCCAGCCCGGGUAAACCGCAAAGUCCCCCGGGUCUGGGGCAACUCCCUCCUCCCCCUCCCCUGGCCCCGCCACCAGCUCAGACCCCCCAGCCCUCCCCCCAGCCCUCCCAUCAUGGGGUGCCUGUGAAGCCUCCCCGCUCCUCCAUCGCCGGCCCUUCCAUAGACAGCGCCUGCCCUGACACUCCACAGCAGAAACUGGAGGAGACCAGCGCCUCACUCGCUGCUGCCCUGCAGGCUGUCGAGGAGAAGAUCAAAGCAGAUUCUGGCACCGAGGCAAAGAGCACAGUCAGUAUCCUGGAUGACAUUGGCAGCAUGUUCGAUGACCUGGCUGACCAGCUCGAUGCGAUGCUGGAGUAAAUACAGCGAGGAAAGCUCAAGAUUCACAAACCUCAGGACUUCGUGUGGGUACAAGGGCACAAAAACCAUCUCCGAUAGAAUUCCCUCCCUUUCCUCCCUCCCUGUUCCCAAUCCUUUGAUGGAUAAUGAGUUGUGUACUGAAGAUCCCAUCUCAAUGUCCAACACAACUCAAAUCAGUUUGCACAAUUAACCAAUUGUUAAAAUGAAGAUGAAUUACCUCAGGAUUGUGCUAAAGAAAAUCAGAGCGCCUAGACAGAGAGGAUCAAGAGGGUCAGUUUGAGGGACUUUCCAGAAGAAAAUAUAUCAAUCUUUUUUUUUCUAUAUUGUGUCUAGAGUAUGAAAGCUAUUGUAAAAAAAUCGUUAAAAAAAAGUUAAUAAAUAAACAAUGGUAUGUGUAAAUUGUAAGCAUGAAGACAGAAAAGAGUUUAUAUCUUAAAUCUUACAAAAAUAAAUAAAUAAAUAAUUGUCCGCUAGAGAAACUUGUUAGUGCAGUGAUGUUUUGUUUUGCUGAGUGGUAAAACAGCUGACUCCCAUCAGCCGGUUCACGGUUUAAAACAAUAUUAGUGCUGGGACAAACACAGGAUUUUCAUGUUCGAAUAUUCGCUCAUAAUUUAAAUAUUCAUUUGAAUAU